GAUGAUGGGACCGGCCGGCUGUCUGGAGUGAGCGUUCGUCGUUUACGUCAAGCCGGUGUCUUUUCCGGGCUCUACCAGUGCGAUCUGUGAUGAACUCCACUCAUUUGCUCCAUCUAACAACACUGUGUGCGCUGAGUUCGGUUGGGAUCGGCGCCGGUCGGUCGGCUGGCAUCUCGUGAGCACCAACAAUAACAAGUGGGAGUGAUCCGAGCACAACAAAACACACAAGGUAACUGGAGCCUAUUUCAGCUGACGGACAGAUGACUGAGGGACGUCAGUGCCAGGUUCACCUACUCGACGGUCGGAAGCUGGAGCUGCUGGUCCAGCCCAAGCUUUUAUCACGAGACCUGUUAGAUUUGGUGGCAUCCCAUUUUAACCUGAAGGAGAAGGAAUACUUUGGACUUUCCUUCAUAGAUGACACUGGUCAGAAUAACUGGCUUCAGCUUGAUCGAAAAGUCCUUGAUCAUUGCUUCUCUAAAACUUCAGCUACACUGGAGCUCAAAUUCCUUGUGAGGUUUUACAUUGAGAAGGUCGCCUUUUUAAAAGAAAACACGACUGUGGAGCUGUUCUUCCUGAAUGCAAGAUCUUUGGUGUUUAAUGAGAGCAUCGAAGUGGAGAGCGAGCACGUUUUCAAGUUAGCUGCUUUCGUAUUGCAGGAGGUCAGCGGUGACUACACAUGUACUGAAACAGCGAAAUCAAACUUAAAGCAUCUCCCAGUUCUCCCCACCCAAGUUCUCAGGGAUCACCCAUCUCUCAGUUAUUGUGAGGACAAAGUGAUUGAGCAUUACAAGAAACUCAAAGGUCUGACCAGAGGGCAAGCCAUUGUGAAGUAUCUGAGCCUGGUGGAGUCCCUGCCAACAUAUGGAGUCCAUUAUUACCCAGUAAAGGACAAGGAGGGAAUACCCUGGUGGUUAGGUGUCAGCUGCAAAGGUGUUGGCCAAUAUGACUUGCAAGACAAAUUGAAACCUAGAAAGUUGUUCCUGUGGAAGCAGUUGGAGAAUUUGUAUUUCCGAGAGAAGAAAUUUGCUGUGGAAGUAAACGACCCCCACAGUCGAACAGUGAGCAAGCGGCCCUUUGGACAGACUGGUCUUGUCAUUCACUCCUGGUAUGCCAGUCAUUCUCUAAUUAAAACUAUCUGGGUGAUGGCCAUCAGUCAGCAUCAGUUCUACCUGGACAGAAAGCAAAGUAGAGCAAAUAUGACCACAACAAGAAGUUCGGGAGACCUUGCCAUGGAUCUUACGGAGAUCAGUGCCCAGCGGAUCAGUAAACUUCCCAGUGUUGAAAGCAAAGAUCAGCUUAUUAUGGCAAGCAGUGGAAGCCUCAUAUCGGCUGGUUCUGCUGACUCUGACGUUGCUGAGGAACAGAAGAAAGAGAAGAUUACCAAGUUAAAAACAAAAGAAAACAAACUUCAAGGCAUACUUACACAGAAACUUGAGGAACUGAAGAAGAUCUGCAUGCGAGAAGCCGAACUUACUGGCAGAUUACCUAAAGAGUACCCCUUGGUUACUGGCGAAAAGACCCCUCAAGUUCGACGCCGUAUUGGGACAGAGUUCAAGCUUGAUGACCUUUUCCCCUAUAAUGAGGACCCUUAUUUGAGGAAUUUGGAAAGCAGAUUUGCCUUGCAGCAGAAGAUUGUGGAAGCAGCCAUCAAGUUAACCAAUGAGAUAGAUCUUUCCAAGACAGUGAAAAAAAAAAGAAAACAUAACUGUCUGGAUGCAAUGAGGAAACUGGAGGAGAUUGAGAAGGAGAUCAACACUUACAGGAUCAGGAAAGGAAAGAAACCAACCCAAAGAGCUUCACUGAUAUUAGCAGAUGAUGUCAAUCCGUCAGACCUCAGUUCUUUGUCUGACAGCUUCACACUGGAUGAAGAUGACGAGCUCAGCUCCCAUAGACAGCGUUCAAGUUCAGUCCAUUACUCUCCAAGACCCCACCAUGCAGACACACUCAGCAUUCACUGCAGCAAAGAGAGACGCGCUUCGGCCAAUGACCAGCACGCGGACAGCAGGUUAAAUUACAGUCAAAUCCAGGAUCCACUCCACUACAGUCACCAUGAUGCCUUAUUAAGUCAGUCCAACAGUCCAUACAAAACUGCUUCCAGACAGUCAUGCGAAGCCCGCAGUAUGCCUCCCACUCCACUGCUUACCCGCAAUGCUUACAGCAGUACCCAACUCAAAUCGGAGGACUCACCACAGCUUUUUCGCCAACGGAGCGGGAGUCUGGAGUCCCAGUCUCAGUUUCUACCAGAGACUCAACCAACUGUACCCACAUUCAACGUUUCCCCAACCCGACGCAGCAACAGUACUGAGGUACUCGACGACGGCUCCUCCUACACCAGCCAAUCCAGUGUGGAGUAUGCUGUUCCUGGUAACCACAACCACCGACGUAGAGUGCGUGGCCGCCACAGGAAAGAUAUUUAUGCCAACACAGGCAGCAUGCCCAACUUGGCUCAGCCACAGACCCACUGUUAUGCCUACCAGCCCCGCACUCGACCCACCACUACUGCCUACUACAUCACAGGAUAUCCUAACCAUACGGAGCCAGAGCUUUACUCUCAUGGCGUCUACAUGCACGACAAUGAGAUGGAGGGACACUACAGCGUUAAACCGCCACUCCAUUCCACCCAUGCAGCUUAUCGUGCCCAUGAUGUGCACAGUCACUAUGGCAACGAUGAGAUAGAUGGCAUCUCACAGAACCUGUACGCAACGCUCCGGCCACCUAGGAACCGCCCAGCUCCCCUGAGUGAAGAACAUUUAUCGAGGAACCUUCAGAAGGCUGUUGUGGCUGAGCACUUGAGAGGCUGGUAUCAUCGCAACACUGCUUACAAGCAGGCUGCAUACAGCUGUGACUAUGACCGGGGCUCCCAGCAGAGUCUGGGCUACCAGACAAUGCCUGCACCCUUGAGCCACAACAACAGGAACCUCUCCUACUCAUCAGCCUCCUCCACUGGAAACUGGCAUGGCCAUAUUAGUAGUCAUGGUAUAGUGGAUUGUGACAUGCCCAAGCAGAUGCCACAGACCUACAGCUACACUACAGCUCCCUUCAGCCGCUCCACCCACAGUAGAUCCUACGUAGAUGUCAACCAAAUGGACAUCAGCAACCAAAUGCAAACGAGCAUGGACCCACAGGAUCGGAUACACUGGCAUGAAGACUCAAAACCAGGAACGAUAGUUUAGCUGCCUGCCAUUCAAUAAUCUUUAGCUUGACAAGUUGUCCCUGUGCCUUAAACUGCACUUACUGUACUUAUUUUGCUGAGCAAGGAGAUCCAAAGAAUGAAGAAAUUUACACACAAAUGCCAAACGGACCUAGAUGCUCACAGGUGUUCUUUGUCUGGAUUGACAAGAAGUGUUUGUAGGGACGGCACUGUUGUGGACUGCUUUAAAAUAUCCAGUAUUGCUCUGAAGAGAUUGAAACUUUGCGAGUUGUCUCUCUGAAGGCCAUAUUGAGCCACAUUGAACAAGUUAAUCGCAUUUUUUUUCUGCCACUUGCAUAAAUGUGUGAACGUAACCAUGAAGGACUAGUCAGGGAUUGAUAUGACCUCAUCAAAAAUGAAGGAACUCAUUAGGAGUGAAUCGGACAAAUAUGUCUCGUUCCUGGAACACUGCACACCCACUAGAUAAUGUACUAUAUUUUCGCGACCAUAAGGCGCACCUUAUUAAAAGGUGCAGUCUCAGUUACAGGGUCUAUUUCUGUAUUUAACACAUACAUAAGGCGCACCAUAUUAUUGGGCGCAGGCAUGGUAAAACAUACGGUAGCAUGCAUGCACGCUAAAACGUACGCUAGCAAGCAUGCUAGCGUAUGUUUUUAAAAAGGCAGCGGGAGCAAAACUGAGUUCGGGUGUACUUUAUUGAAGUAUUUAACAAUGUACUCACAUAUUUCAUACUCACAUAUUUUUUGAUCAAUCCUAAUCCACAAAUCCAUCAAAGCCCUCAUCUUCUGAAUCCGAAAGGAACAGCUGGGCAAGUUCUCCAACAAACAUGCCGAGUUCCCUUUCGUCAUUGUCUGAGUCAGUCUCGUUGCCGGGGGGCUGUUCAGCAAUGAUGCCGGCGUUUUCCUGCUUCCUCCACUUGCGAACCAUGGAUUCGUUGAUCCUGAAUUUUCUCGCGGCUGCUCGAUUCCCAUGUUCCUUCGCGUAACUGAUAGCUUGCAGUUUAAACCGUGCUUCGUAAGCGUGUCUCUUCGUAGGUGCCAUUUUCGGGGGUCCUUAGCCAAACCGAUGUUGUUUGCAAAUACCGGCACUAUAUACCUACUGGGGGGGUGCCUUUAGCGUCCUCUGUCACGCGCACCCUUCCCCCUUUAACGUCCGCAUACUGUCCUCAGUCACGUCCGCCUUUCCUCUAUAUAAGCAGCGUGUCGGCAGGAAAUGCUCCCAGUCAGUCAAGCGGAGCGCUCAUCAAAGUCACACAACAACAUUUAAAGAUUUUGGAACUUGGUGCACACAUAAGGCAUUAUAAGGCGCCCCAUCCAUUUUGGAGAAAAUUUAAGACUUUUAAUUGCGCCUUAUGGUCGUGAAAAUACGGUACUUUUAUUUCUGAAUGCUUUUAACAACCACACUUUCUAGGCUCAUUUGUAUUUAGUCUGUGUGACCAUGAUGUUUGUAAAGGUACACUACGGUACCUUACUGUAAAUUACAAACAAGUCACGUUUGUUUGUUUGUUUUUAUUUAACACCAGUAUUACUCCCAAGAAUCAAACAAAGGUUACUGCCACCUUUCUACACAAAUAUUGGACUUCAAGAGAAGAAACUAACAAUAAAAACAUGGUUCUUUUACAUCCAUGCUGGAACUCAUGGACUGGUGCUCCUGAUUUCACUCAAGAGAAUGUUAUAUAUGUUUUUAUUGUGAAUACACUGGUUGUUUGUCGAGCAUUUUAUGUAUUUGAAAAGCAUGUAAUAUAUAGCAAGAAUUGUUGUUAAGCUGGUUCUUAGGAUUUUGUAUAAUUUCACUUGUUUGAAUAAAAAAAAAAAAAACUUGA